AUGCUUUUAUACUUAUUCGGGAUCCUCUCACUUGUCUCUAUUGUGUUGUCUUACGGGAAAAAUGAAGAGCUCGAAACAGUUUUGAGCUCCGUGAAAUGUAAGACGAAGUGGACUGACGAAGAUGGACACGGAAGGAUUCUAACCAAGACUGAUUCGAAGAUCAUUACCGUCGAUCCUGGAGAUGACUACGUGGUUACACCAACCUCGACAGUGUACACAACAAAAACCUGUGAGUCCCCUACUUGUUCCCAAAUAUGAUCAAAAACUAACAUUUCAUACCCAAGUUACUGUUACUGUCACCCCAACCGUCGCAACCCCGCAAAAUUACAUCUACAUAGGCCCGACUCCUCUUGGUCCUAUAGAUGUAACAAAGCGCAGGGACGUCGAAGGCGUGCAACCCAUAGAUUAUGAAGGAAAAUACGUUGACAAAGUAUUCUGUACAAAUUUUGUCCUCGUCGCCGUCAAAGGUCAAGUAUCAACUGCACGAACAACCGCGACCACAAAAAAGAAACACAUGCAAGUGAGGGAAACUGCAACCCCUAUAUAUGCAGCCAGCAACAACCGAAAUUCGAUAAUUGAUGUCAGCAAAUACCCAAAACAAUGAGCUCACUUAUGAGGAUUUCCCAACACCCAGUGCAUACGAUUGUUGCGUCCAAGUAAGUGUUCCUCACGGGUCUUAUUCAGCCCCUUUCCAUUCUUCAAUGUGAAUAAGACAUUAUCUUUCUCAGAGAUGAGGUACCUUUUGACCAUAUUGCUGAUACUGAUGCCAUCCACAGUGUUUACUUAAGGAGAACUGCGUAGGUGGUGGCUUAGUGCAACCUGUGGGUGACGUUUGUCGGCUUUUGACACCUAGUUUCGGUAUCAGGACCCUAUUUGAUUGCCCAGCUGAUGGGGGUGGUCCAUACAACGGAAUAACAGUGACUUCAGGUGGCGCGCCGAUUUCCUAUUCGGUAUUUAACGGCCCGUGUGGUCAUUUUGAUGUUACUCCUUUUCCAGCCAAUCAUUCUUGACGAUAAAGGAACCGGGAAGCGUUUCGAUGCCUGA